UCGGAAAAUCUUGGCGAAGUGGCCACGGUGAAGCAACAGUUCCCGCAGGCAACGAAUUACGUCGGCGUCUACGAUGCGACGGGUCUGCUGACGAAUCGAACCGUGCUGGCGCACGGUGUACAUCUGGAGGAUGCGGAGCUUCCGGUUCUGGCCGAUCGCGGUACGUCGAUAGCGCACUGUCCCAGUUCGAACACCAACCUGGGUUCGGGGUUCUGCGAUGUGCGUAGGCUGCUGGCAGCACGUAUCAAGGUCGGCCUCGGUACGGAUGUGUCCGGGGGAAGCGAAAUGUCCGUCCUGGCGGCCAUGCGAUCCGCACUCGCUGUGUCGCAGCAUUUAAGUUUCAUGAAAACGCAAAACGUUCAAGGGACGGGACGCGUUGCGCCACCGGCCGACGGGAAGCCCGUGAGCUACACUCCGCUGACCUACAAGCAAGCUGUGUUUCUGGCCACCCUAGGAGGCGCACAAGCGCUGGCGCUCGAUAGUGUAGUGGGAAAUUUUGUGGCCGGAAAGCAGUUUGAUGCUUUGCUAAUCGACACGGAGCUGCUUCCGAUCGGUGGUAACCGACUGCCGGAAGCGAUGACGAAGACACGUAGCACAUCGCAGCUGGUCCAGAAGUUCGUUUACGUGGGCGAUGACCGAAACAUCGUGAAAGUGUACGUCGCCGGCAGACAAAUAAAGCAAAUGUAA